AUGUUCGCCGUCGCUCGUACUCCUCUCGCAUCCCCGGCUAUCAAGCACGGCUUCACUCAUGCAAAGGCCUUCCCAUUCCACCUGCCUGCCCUCCCAUCACCGGGCCUCGGGUCGCCCAUGCAGAUGACGCCCAUGUCGCCUGCACUACUCGUGCCCGCAGCUCACGUGUUGCCAAACUUCAACAAUAACCUUCCGGCAUCGCCCAUGGUCACCACGCCUAUGUCGCCUUCGAUGUUGACACCGAGACCUGCUUUUGGGAGGCCAGCCGUUGACAGGGCGUUCGCAAUGCCGGCCUAUCCAUUCCCCACAAUGGUUUCAGAGGGGGCAAGCACUCCGACACCUGGUCGCCCCAGGAUCAGGCCUGUCCGAGGUCCUACGGGACUGUCGACAGUUGUUUCAGGCAGCGUAGCCAAGUCGCCUGCUGGCUCUGGCCUGAAGAGGAAGCAUAGCCAGCGAAACGGACGCAAGACGUUGAGACUAAACUUGGAGCCUGUGGUCAUCAAUGAGGAGGACCUCCUCGUAGAGGCCAUGAGGCUAGCGUCCAUAGAAGAAGACCAAGGCAUCCAGUUCGGUCCAUUCAAGAGCAUCAAGGGUCGCUUAUCGACUCCUUGGCCGCCUACACAGAGAAAGCGAGCCUGGCUGGAGCACUUGGACGCCAUUGACAUGUGGAUUUGA